AUGUGUGGUUCUCGAUACUUCUUAAUUAUCCUCGAUGAUUUUUCUCGAGCCCUUUGGAUCUACUUGCUACCCGAUAAACAACAAGCUCCCAAAAGCUUGAAAGAUUUCAUCGCUAUGGUCGAACGACAGUUUGGGAAACGAGUGAAAACGAUACGUAGCGAUAACGGGUCCGAGUUUAUCUGCCUGAAUGGUUUCUUUCGCGAACACGGCAUCCUGCAUGAGACAUCGUGUGUCGCAACGCCACAGCAAAAUGGCAGAGUUGAAAGAAAACAUCGCCAUAUACUGAAUGUUGCUCGAGCUCUUCGAUUCCAAGCUUCACUUCCUCUUGAGUUUUGGGGACAAUGCGUGUUAGCUGCUGGAUACAUUAUCAAUCGCACUCCAACAACCAUACUUCGUGGAAAAACACCGUUUGAGCUGCUGUAUAAUCGACCUCCUCCUAUCAACCAUCUUCGUGUGUUUGGAUGUUUGUGUUACGUGCACAAUCUACAUCACGGUGGAGAUAAAUUUGCACCUCGUAGCAAGAAGUCAGUUUUUCUUGGCUAUCCGUUUGGCAAAAAGGGAUGGAGGGUAUAUGACUUGGAAACUCGCAAAAUGUUAAUUUCCCGUAAUGUGAUAUUUUGUGAAGAUAAAUUUCCAUUUUCUACUCCCUCCACCAUUGAUCGUUCACCUAUCACGUCUGGUCCUAGUAUUCUUGUUCGACCAUUGGUGUUUGAUAUUGAUGACUUUGAUGAUAUUCUCCCCGCUGUUGAGAUCGUUCCUCCUGAUUUGGACCCAACUCCAACUUUAGUGGUACCUACACCAUUGAUUCCUGCACCACCGGAGCCCUCGAGUCCAUCGGAGGAGACUAUUAUCUCUCCAUCUGAGCCACCGAAUCCGACAUCCCCAGUUGCAGCUGUGUUACCUCUUGUCUCUGUUACCGAAGAACUAGGCAGAGGAAAACGGGAUCGUAAACUUCCCAGCAAACUUAAUGACUACGUCCUCAAGACUACAUCGGCUGAACUGCCUAAACACUACUCUCAAGCCGUACUUGAUAAACGUUUCCGUGAUGCUAUGAAAAACGAGAUUGAAGCUUUGGAUGAAAGUCAAACUUGGACCAUUGAAACUCUCCCUCCGGGUAAGACCGCACUUGGUUGUCAAUGGGUUUUUACCAUCAAAUACAAAUCUGAUGGUUCUGUCGAACGGUAUAAGGCUCGCUUGGUUGUUCUAGGCAAUAAUCAAAUUGAAGGUGAAGAUUUUGGAGAAACCUUUGCUCCAGUUGUAAAGAUGAAUACAAUCCGCAUUUGUCUUGAGGUUAGUGCUGCUAAGAAUUGGGAGAUACAUCAGAUGGAUGUUCAUAAUGCCUUUCUCCAUGGGGAUUUGGAAGAAGAGGUUUUCAUGAAACUUCCUCCCGGCUUCCGUACUAAAGACUCUUCUCAGGUCUGUCGUCUUCAUAAAUCACUCUAUGGGUUGUGUCAAGCUCCGAGAUGCUGGUUUGCUAAGCUCUCCACGGCUCUGCUUGAAUAUGGCUUCACUCAAUGUCUCUCAGAUUACUCGUUGUUUCUCUACAAUCGUGACGGUAAACAGAUGUACGUGUUGGUCUAUGUUGACGAUUUAGUGAUUUCAGGGAACUCCAUUGAGUUGAUGACUGCUUUUAAAGACUAUCUUAGCUCACAAUUUCGGAUGAAAGACUUGGGUGUACUUAAAUACUUCUUGGGGAUUGAGGUAGCUCGGAGCCCUAAGGGCAUUUACUUAUGUCAACGCAAGUAUGCGCUUGAUAUAAUCUCAGAGACGGGAUUAUUAGGAGCUCGGCCUGUCAAAUUUCCUCUUGAACAGAAUCACAGGUUGUCUUUUGCUACAGGUGACGAUAUCCCUGAUCCAAAACGGUAUCGUCGCUUGGUUGGGCGUCUCAUCUAUCUUGCAGCCACUCGGCCUGAUAUAUCAUACGCUAUUCAUAUUUUGACUCGUUUUAUGCAACAUCCCAAAGCUCCACAUUGGGAAGCAGCUCUUCGGGUUGUUCGGUUUCUUAAAAAUAAUCCGGGCCAAGGGAUUCUACUUCGUGCAGAUUGUCCUUUAACAGUAACGGGUUGGUGUGAUUCUGAUUGGAAUGGCUGUCCUCUCACACGUCGUUCUCUCACAGGAUAUUUUAUACAACUCGGCAACUCCCCUGUUUCGUGGAAAGCAAAACUACAAGACACAGUUUCCUUAUCGUCUGCGGAGGCGGAAUACAGAGCGAUGCAAUACGCUGUCAAGGAAAUCAAGUGGAUGAAAGCUUUUCUUCUCAGUCUGGGCAUUGAUCACUCAGCUCCGAUUGCUCUGUUCUGUGAUAACAAAGCUGCGAUUCACAUAGCAGCGAACCCGGUGUUUCAUGAGCGUACAAAGCAUAUCGAAAAUGAUUGUCACUUUGUACGUGACGCUUGGAAAGAUGGAAUAAUCACUAUGAAACACGUUUCUACUGAUAAGCAACUUGCAGACAUCUUGACCAAGGCUCUCGGUGCAGCAGAAUUUGAAAACUUCAAGUUCAAGAUGGGCAUUUGUGACCUCCAUGCUCCAUCUUGA